AUGGCUCUUUUUUCUCAUCAUCUCCUCUUCCUGCCUCCUGCCUUGUCGUCUCCCUUCACCUCCGUUUCCCCCUCCCCUCCGUUUCUCGUCCACCCCACGUUCUCCUUUUCUACCUUUCCAUGUCCGGACCUCUCCCACAACUACCUCACAGGAUCUGCAGUCACACCACUUGCUGCACGCAGCCUGGAUCUCUCCAGCAACUUCCUCUCGGGCCAGCUGCCUGAUGAAGCAUGCCAGCCUCUCUCUUUUGAUGCCAACUGCUUCACGCUGCCGCUUGGCUGUGCCUUGGUGCCGCAACGUCAGGAGGCAGCAUGCAACGCAUUUUGUGGCGUCUCCUCUGCUGCUGGUGCUGCUGCUGCGUGUGGAGGGCAUGGGGUGUGCUAUCCAGAGGGGGCUAGCAUGGCACCCACAUGUCUGUGCGACGCGGGAUUUGUGCAAUUUGGAGAGAUCAACUGUGUGGCGCAAGGCCAGAAUAAAACUUUCUCAAGCAGCCAGCCAGUUCUCCCGCCAGCAUCUGUGCUCACCAAGGGAACGCAGCGAGAGACGGGGGGAAGCUUCACUGCAGCGCCUGUGACGCUGUUUGUGUACGAGGCAGGGCAGGCGCUGUCGCGGUGUGGGCUGCAGCUUGCCUUCCACGUCAACUUCACCUUCUCCCUCUCGCCGCGAUCUGGCCGUGUGGGCUUCAACGGCUUUGCCUUUGUCGUCUCGGCGACGAACCAGGUGGGGAGUGGAGCCGGUGUGGGGUAUGGCGGAAUGGACACGCGGAGCAUGGCGAUCGAGUUUGACACUCUACAGAACAAGCAGCACGGCGACAUGAGCAGCCAACAUGUGGGGCUGAACAUUCGAGGCGAGGACAAGUCGGUAGCCGCUGUGAGGUCACCAUUCCCACUGAGCAACAGGAAGGUGUACACGGCGUGGGUGGACUAUGAGCCAGGGGACCCCGGCACCAUUCAAGUCUUCUUGGCUGAGUCGCAGGAGAAGCCGCAGCAGGCAGUGCUGGAGAGGAGGCUGGCGCUGUGUGAGGUACUGCAGGGUGCAGCCGAGCAGCACGCUUUCUUCUUUGGAUUUGUGGCGUCCACCACUGUGAAGCCGUUUCAGCGGCACGUCAUUCUUGAAUCCUCAGUGGACACAGGUCUUCCUGCUUCUCCCCGACAAAUCACACGUAUUCCAGCCUAUGGCCUGCGGCUAUCAACGGACACGUACCUGCCAGAGUGGGCCAGCCCCUUCCCGCGCUACGUGAGUGCGGACUACCGAGUGGCGCCCAGCAAGCAGGACUCGUGGUUCAUCAGCGACUUCCACUCUUGGGACUCUACCUUCAAGUACCAAAAUCCUGGAAGCUAUACUGGCAGACUGAACCACGUUGUACUCGUUAUUGGAUACUUUGUCUUGAGAAAUGACGGCAGCCAAAAUCGCAUUGCGCCUCCAUUUUGGAUCAUCCGCAACUCAUGGGGAGUGGAGUGGGGUGAUCAGGGCCACAUGCGCAUAGACAUUCAGGGAGGCGAUGGCGUGUGUGGCAUCAACGUGCUACCUGGCAUCUACCCCAUUGUCAAGAUCCCCAAGGACCCUUGCGGCCAGAAGAGCUUCAAGGGUGAUGGCGAUCUGCAGCCCACCAUGAACCCGUUGGACGUGUGUGGGGCAGACUUGAAGAACCCGUGCUACGUGGGGGCAUGCAUCAACGAUGGCAAGGGCUCCUACUCCUGCAUCUGCCCACCCAACUACGUUGCCAGCACAACCAUUGACAAUUUCCCUACCUGCGACCCAGGUACUGCUGCAUCCUCCUCAUGUGCGAGAGGGCCGCUACUUCAUUCAGUGGUUCUUGUAUCAUAG